UAGUUCACAUAGUUCAUUUGUUCAGUAGAGUCGUCGCUCAGACGAACUUGAGCCAAACGUUUUGAUACCAACUCGAAUGCAAAUGUAUAAACGCGCACCAAAGACUAAUCGAAAGUUUAAUUUUUAAUAAUACAACCACUGGUGCAUGUCUCUUGCACCAACAGUUAUACACAAUGACGAGUGAUGACAAAAGCAGUUACGACUCCAGCGACAACAGCGAGACCGAGGAGCGCCGCGCCAAGCACAAAAAGUCCAAGAAGCAUAAGAAACACAAAAAAACCAGCUCCAGCGAGAAGGUGCACAAAAAGCACAAGAAGUCCAAGAAGCGCCAUCAGCGUCAAAGCGAAUCCUCAAAUGCUGGCGCCCAAAGUCUUAGCAGCAAAUUCACCGAGAUCAUGCAGGCGGCCAGCCGGGAGCGCAGCGCCAUACUGUCGUCCAACGGCUCCGCCGACUUUCGCAUCGUUAAGCCCAACACGGAUCCGUGCAGCCUGGUUGAGGAGAUAACCAAAACCAUACAGAACAAGGUGCUGCCCGUGCUGGAGGUGGCCACCUCGGGUAGCGAGAGUGAAGUCCCCAUUGACAUUGCCAGUCCUGUGUUGCCGGCCAAGCUCGAGGAUGAGCUCAAUUUGGAGGAACUCAUGAAGCAAAAGGCGCUGCUACAGGCGCGUCUGGGCGCCUACAUGUCAGACACGGAGGGCGACGAGAGUCGCUCCAAUUCGGUGCUGGCUAAGCGCAGGCGUGACGAACUGCAGCAACAGCAGCAGCAGGCCAUUAUAGCAGCUAUUGAGGUGCCGCAGGGCAGGCCGAGCUCGCAGUCUGCAGCGUCGCUGGCAACUGCAACUAGUAAACAUGUUAAUAAUAAACAGUCUAACAUCAAUAACUCAAACGAACCCGAUGUUAUAUUAUUGGAUGAUUCUAGCGGUGGUCAGCGCACGCCCUCGCCCACGCCGGAGAAGCGACGACGUCACGCAUCGCCCACCCGCCCGCAGAGAAGUCGCACACGUGAAGACGCAUCGCUGGCAGCGGGACGCUCACGCGAUCGACGCUCCCGCGAUCGUGCGCCCCGCGAUCAACGCAGUCGCACGCCGCGCCGUCGCAUAGAGCAACAGCAGCCACAGCAGCAGCACCAUAACCAGAGACGCCACCAUCAGGAGUACAAUAGGAACAUGGAGGAUCUGCGCCAGGAGAUCAAUCGCGACAAGCAGCGCGAGCGGCGCGAACAGAGUCGUGAUCACGAUCGACGUCCGGACAGGGACAGCCGACAGCCCGCGGAGCGUGCCGGCGGUCGGCCGCGUGAGCGCGACCAACGAGAUCGUGAACGCUGGAAUCGGCCACGCUCGCACAGUCGCAGUAAGGUUGAGUCGGACCGCAGACGUGAACGCGAACGUCAACAGGAACAGGAUCGUGGUAGUGGCGGCACCGGACGCGGCGGACGAGGCUCCGGCAAUGGCUUUGGCGCGGAUCGCGAUCGCUACAAAGGCUCGCUGAGCGAAGGCCAAAAAAUACACGAAAAGGAGAGCAGCGACGAGGAAGCUAGCCUGGACAUAGACAUCAACGAGGAUGAGGAUGACGAGGAGCGCAUCAUUGAGCUGCGUCGCAAACAGCGCGAGGAGCUGCUCAAGAAAUUGGGCACCAAUGAUCAGGAGUCGCGCACGGCCAGCCCAACGCCACGCAAAUCCAAUUCGUACGAGUCCAGAAGCACUUCACCCGUUUCCUCCAAACCGGAGCGAGCACAGCGCACGCCCACGCCUACGCUGCAAGAUAAGGAGGAAGAGCAACGGGAUGCACAUGGCAAGACGGAGCCCUUUGAUGCGAAUUCGUCCAAGAACAGCACAGUUAAGGAGAAACGCAACGAGUGGGACAUGUUUGCCGAUCAGGACGUCGAUUCCAAUUUCGAUUCACCCAGCACAAUUGUGCACAACAAGCAUCAAAUUGAGAAUCCGGCGCUGACAGACAAUUGGGACGAUGCCGAGGGCUAUUAUCGCGUGCGCAUCGGCGAGGUCUUGGACAAUCGCUACCUAGUCAGCGGCUACACCGGACAGGGUGUGUUCAGCAAUGUGGUGCGUGGCCGCGAUCAAGCGCGCGGCGCCGCCAACGUGGCCAUCAAGAUUAUACGCAACAAUGAGAUCAUGCACAAAACGGGUCUGCGCGAGCUGGAAAUCCUGAAGAAGCUCAACGAUGCCGAUCCCGAUGAUCGUUUUCAUUGUCUGCGUUUGUAUCGGCACUUCUUCCACAAGCAGCAUCUGUGCAUGGUGUUUGAGCCGCUGGCUAUGAAUCUGCGUGAGGUGCUCAAGAAAUAUGGCAAAAACGUGGGCCUGCACAUCAAGGCGGUGCGCAGUUAUACCCAGCAAUUGUUCCUGGCGCUCAAACUGCUGAAGAAGACUGGCAUACUGCAUGCGGACAUCAAGCCCGACAAUAUUCUGGUCAAUGAGAAUAAUCUUAUCUUGAAACUGUGCGAUUUCGGGUCCGCUUCGGGCAUAAGUGAGAACGAAAUAACGCCUUAUCUGGUUUCACGUUUCUAUCGUGCGCCCGAAAUCAUAUUGGGCAUACCCUAUGAUUAUGGCAUUGAUACCUGGUCGGCCGGCUGCACCAUCUACGAGCUGUACACGGGCAAGAUAUUGUUUAGUGGCAAAAGCAAUAAUCAAAUGCUCAAGUUCUUCAUGGAUGUCAAAGGCAAAAUACCCAAUCGAAUUGUACGCAAGGGUCAGUUCAGGGAACAGCAUUUCGACCAAAGCUGCAAUUUUCUCUACCACGAGAUAGACAAGCUAACCGAGCGGGAGAAAAUCGUUGUGAUGCCCGUGGUGAAGCCAACGCGCAAUUUGCAGCAGGAGCUGAUUGCCGAUCAGAAUUUGCCCGAUGAUCAGCAUCGCAAGGUUACGCAGCUAAAGGAUCUGCUGGAGAAUAUGUUUGCACUGGAUCCAGGCAAGCGUAUAUCGCUGAAUCAGGCGCUUAUGCAUCCGUUUAUACAGGAGAAAAUGUAGAUCCGAGAGAGAGAGAAUAAACGUAAUUCAAUAAUUUCUAGACUAAGCAAUUACGUUAGCGAUGUUAGUUAAAGCGAGUUAUUCGAGUUAUUAUUAUUAUCAUUACCGAACUUCAAAGACGACCACUCACCCCCAGACAACACACAUCUAUUAAAUAGAAUACAGCUUCUAUCUUUCUA